UAUAACUCCACAAAGACAGCACCUUAACUGUUUCCCACCUCUAAUCCAUCAAUGGACUACUCCUUUCCAAGGGAGACCUUAUGGAGAACUGCCUCAAAAAUCACCAUUUCAGCGCACCUGUUUGGUAUCUUAGCAAACAUCCUUAUGCUUAUUUGGUUGUUGCACUAUCGUGAAGGCAUGGACCUUGAUUCAUCCAAUCCAUAUCGUAUAUUCAAUGUCCACCCUUUCCUAAUGUUCUUCGGAUUCAUAUUCCUCAUUGGUGAAGCGAUGAUGGCAUACAAGACAGUUCCAGCAGAUAGGCAAACACAGAAGUUCGUACAUAUGUUCUUGAACCUCUCAGCUCUUGUUUUGGGCAUUGUGGGGAUACAUGCGACAUUUAAGUUCCAUGAUAAGAUGAACAUGCUCGAUAUGUAUAGCUUGCAUUCUUGGAUUGGCAUCGGCACAUUCUGUCUUUUCAUCUUGCAGUGGUUAUUUGGGUUCAGUUUAUUUGUGUUUCCAAAAGCAUCAGCUGUGACAAGAGCAAGACUAGCGCCAUGGCACGUGUUUGGAGGAAGAGCUUUGUUAUACAUGGCGAUAUGUGCAGCUGAAACUGGACUGAUGCAGAAGUUCACAUUCUUGCAGCUCACCAACAACCGAGAAAGUUAUUUGAUCAACUUUCUUGCUUUGGCCAUCCUUUUGUUUGGGAUCACAGUUGAUAUUUCUGUCUCUCUUGGUCGUUUUGCUUGAGUGAAUAUUGAAGGGUGUGAUAAUUUUUAAUUUGAUUUUCGGGUUUGUUUGAAGGAAUUUCAUUUGUAUUAAAGAUUUAUUGG